AUGGACUCCAGCUCGGUCAAGAAGUCGGUGAUGAACCAGGUCCUCGCCGAGGCGAACCUCGCCAACGCCCGCGUCCUCAUCGAGAAACUCCAGGAGAACUGCUUCGACAAGUGCGUUCCCAAGCCCGGCAGCACUCUCUCGAGCGGCGAGCAGACAUGCAUGACGACUUGCAUGGAGAAGUACAUGGCUGCAUGGAACCAGGUCAACGCGGCCUACAUCAACCGGAUACGCCAGGAGCAGGGCAACCAGUAG